ACGCACAUUUUAACCUCAUCUGCUUAAACUUGAGACCUCAACUUCUGAAAAACACCGACCAUGAAGACUCAAGUCAGUCUGCUGCUCAUCUGCAUGCUUUUCUCCAAAGCACUGUCACUGAAUUGUUAUCAGUGUCUACCAUCAUUAAGUGCAACAUGUACCAAUGAACAGACAACCUGUUCAGAUCAGUGUCUCACUUCAACCAUUUCUACGUACACGAGUGACACAAAGUUGUUAGAUGUCAGUAUGAAGACUUGCGGUACUGCAGAUAUGUGUGUAAGCGGCAGCACGAACCUGGGAACAGUAAAAGUGUCCAGCAAUACCAAAUGCUGCAGCACUGAUCUUUGUAACAGUGCAACCCUGUCAGCUCCUCCCAAGCAGGCUCCCAACGGGAGAAUAUGUUACACCUGUGGUGCUAAUGGCUGCUCAGAAAAAGUGAGCUGUGAAGGGAGUGAAGAUCGCUGCGUCUCUGCUUCAGUUCAACAAGGGAGCAGCACAGUGUCCUUGAAAGGUUGUGUCUCCAAGAGCUUCUGUGUUGAGUCCACAUCAUCGAGCAUUCCAGGAUUCGGCGUAGCAAAGGUUCAGUGUUGUGAGGGAAAUCUGUGUAACGGUGCUGAGAGCUUCACACUGAAUUUAUGA